GGGGAAACACUUCCCAAACCCAAACACAAGACAAAACAAAAAUAAAAAUAUAGUUUUUUUCCCACUUUGUUUCUUCGUCUUCUUCAACGUUAAUCUUGUUUUCUUCCGCUUUAUAAAAAGUAAAGUGGGGUUUGGUCGUCUUCUCCAACCGUUUUUUCUAUUCACAGCAUGAGGAAGAAACUGGAUACUCGUUUCCCUGCGGCCAGGAUUAAGAAAAUAAUGCAAGCUGAUGAGGAUGUAGGGAAGAUUGCAAUGGCUGUGCCUCUUUUAGUUUCUAAAGCACUAGAGCUAUUCCUACAAGAUUUGUGUGAUCGAACAUAUGAGAUAACUCUGAGGAGGGGAGCUAAGACUAUGAAUGCUUUUCAUUUAAAACAGUGUGUGCAGACUUUUAACGUCUUUGACUUUCUGAAAGAUAUUGUCAGCAAGGUUCCUGAUUUAGGCGGUUCUGCUGCAAAUUGUGAUGACCAUACUGUCAAGAGGAGGAAAGUUGCUGAAGAUGAUAAUGAUAGCCACGAGGAGCCCAAGAGAAAUAACAAGGCGGAGCCGGGACAAACCAGUGGCAGAGGAAGGGGUAGGGGAAGAGGAAGGGGUCGUGGCCGUGGAAGUAGAAAUGUAGAUCAAGAGAUGAAUUCACAAGCCAAGUGUGCAGAAGAUUCUGAUGCAUUGAAGCAAAAUGAGAAGCAGACUCAAAGCAAUGAAAGCAUGGAAAACGCGUCAUCACCUGAAGAAGUUAAGCAGACUUUUCCAGUUAGCAAGCCGGCUCAGGUGUCCAUUCGAAAUUUUGACUUAAACAUGGACCCAGAUGAGAAUAUGGAAUCGUUAGCAUCACCAACUGCUGUUCCAACUAGUUCAUCAGCAAAAUCAAUAUCAGAAGAGAAACAUCAUGAGGAAUAUCCUGGAUGGUCCUUGUCUGAUAUGGAAAAAAUGACCAUUGAUCCCAUUCAACUAGCUAACAUAAAUGGAAGGAUUGAUGAAGAUGAAGAGGAUUAUGAUGAAGAAAUGUAAAUACACCUGUGUUGGUUUAAUGAUGACUUCUCAUAUAGGCCACUGACUAGAAACUUCUAAUGGAAAACUAGAGUAGACUUUUUAGGAGCAGUGUUAGACAGAUCCUUAGUAGUUAGCAAGAUUAGGAGGGAUGAUAGGCCAUUCAUUGAUUGAUUAAUCUCCUAAGAAUCUUUUGUUUUAGGCCAAAAGUGGAUACAUAGUGUUGAAAUUAGAAAUAGUCAAGGUAUUGUAAUUUGAGAAAUUUUACAUGAAGAAUUUGGGUGAAGUGCGGCUUAAAAUUUCAACAAGUGUUUUAUCUGUCAUGAUUUUGUUCUUUCUUA